AUGAUGAACAAGGGGCUUGUUCAAAGUGUUCUUCAACAGCGUGUAAGUUCCGUCAAAGUUGGUUCCAUAAUUUUAGUUAAUAUAAAACGACAACAAUUUGGGCAUACUCUAAAUUUUGAUAGCGAUAAUGCUUUGCAAUUUUCAGUCAUACUUACUUAUCCUGUCUGUGUAGUUUUGAUAAUACUGAUGAUUAUAUCAAAUAUCUUGGUACCUUAUCAGUCUGUGCUGAAGUUUUUGCUUGUAUCAAGAGUACAAACAGUAAAGUCAAUUAGUGGUAGUAGUCAGCAUUUUCUCGUUUACAAAUAUUUUAUGCAAAUCGCAAUGGAUUCACGUGAAAUUUCACGAAACUUACAAUAUUGCGCGCAUAUUUUGAAGAGCAAAGAUGGUCUUUCCUGA